UCUUUUUUCUUUUUUUAGUUAUUUAUUUGUUCUCAUCGUAGAUUUUAGUUUCAAAUUUCUCAACCGUUCAGAUCUACGCUUCCUCCUCCUGCGGCUUCUUCGUCUUCGUCUUCCUCUUCCUCCAAUCGCGCUCGCAGACAUUCUCUGUCGAAUCAAAUGCCUCCCACUGAAACAGAAGCCGAUCCCAGGCGAUUGUCAAUCAGUCCAACUACUCUGGGUACGAGUGAAUACGCCUUCGCGAAUCUCGACAACUUGGAGCACUGCGUCAAGUAUUUGAACAACACUCUUGUGACAUUUGGCUUCACUGCUUCGCUUGAUCUCUUCGCAAAUGAUCCCGUUUCGGUAGCUCGGACUUGCAAUUGUUUGUAUGCUUUGUUGCAGCAAAGACAGAGAGAUAUUGAGUACAGGGAAUCUGCUAACGAGCAGAGACAACGACUCUUUUCAGAUAUUUCAAGAUUGGAAACAAAAAUUGAGAGGCUGGAAACCCAGCUAUCAGCAAAAGACCGAGAAAUUGCAACAAUUACUAGAACGGAAGCCAAAGCUACUGCAGCCUUCAAGGCCCAAAUUGAGAAGUUGCAGCAGGAACGAGAUGAAUUUCAGAAGAUGGUUUUGGGUAAUCAGCAAGUGAGAACUCAGCAGAUCCAUGAGAUGAAGAAGAAAGAAAAAGAGUAUACCAAGCUACAGGAGAAACUUAAUCAAGUAUUAAUGGAGAAAAAGAAAGAGUCUAGAUCAGGCAUGGAAAUAAUGAAUUUGCUACAGAAAGAAGGCCGACAACGUGGGACAUGGAAUGGAAAGAAAACAGACAAUGACUUGUACAAGAAGAUUGUAGAUGCUUAUGAAACAAAAAACAAUGAAUUGAUGGCAGAGAAUGCUAAUCUGAGGGCAUUAUUACGAUCAACGCAGGCUGAUAUGCGUGAAUUCUUGAAUGCUCCAAAUGGGAAGCAGUCUUCUCCUGCUGAUAAUAGGCAGGAUGGUGACGUGUCACAGUCCCCCCUGGGUGGGAAGACGGACAUGUUUGAUCUUCCUCUGCACAUGGCUAGAGAUCAAAUUGAAGAAAGCUUGCGCACAAAGAUGACUUCUAUAAAGGAGAGAAUGUUUCAGCUUCAAGACGCCCAAAAGGGUGCUGAAUUGACUUCCGAUGUGACUGAGAGAGAACUUGAGCUGGAAGCUCAACUUGUAGAGGCAAGAACUAUUAUUCAAGAGCAGGCAUCAAUAAUGUCCAAACAUAUUGCCAAGCCUGAUAAGCCGAGAAGACUAAGUUGCCAUAUGACUCCAGACAGGGAUUGAGUGAGUAUGUUCUCACACCAUUAGAGGGGUCAGUAAUUCACCGAUCGAUGUAGUAGCUAGUCUGUGAUCUUUGUUUGCUACGACGAGCAUCGUUCUGCUCUGUCCUAACGUAUCAUCAAUUUAUCCAAGUUGUCGGAAGGCCCGAAAACUCUCCUAGUAGCUGUGUCUCCCUUUGUUGCAAUGGUAAGUUUGUGUAUAUGCCCCUAAUUCACAAUACUUUAUUUCUUAGUGUCGGUUGCAUUUUGUCGAAGUAUUUGUUCCAUAGACUACUGCUGCCCCAUGUGUUCUAUUUGUGCUUUCUCUGUAGCACAAAGUUAUGGUUAUGGUAGGUUAUGA